AAAAUAUCCUUGUGUUGUGUAUGUCCAGCAGGUCACGGAAGUUACGAGAUCUAUAUAAGAUAAAAUGGCUGCGCGGAAAUACAUGUUGACGGAAUGCGGGAGAUUUGUAUCACCCGCUCGGGCCGGGUGAUAAGUUGGUCGCGGGUGAUAAGUUAAUUUUGCGUGUGUGGAUGCAUAUGCAGGUCAUUUAGCAGGUAUGCACGUGACAUGAGAUAGACAAUCAAAGUCGAAGCAGAAUGGGCCAGACUUAGGCCUAGAAGAUAUAGAAUAUGGCUAGCGACAACUUCAGAGAAAAUUUAAAGCCGUAUUGUAUAGCUGUUGAAGGGUUUCCGGCGGACACAAAUGAAAGCCAAGUGAGACUUGUGUUUAAAAAUUGCCUGAAAGCAGAAAGUAUAGCCGCGGGUGCCCAAAUCCAACAAACAAAAUGGCUGAUGUUAUUCCAUGAUGGAGCUGAAGUUGAUGCAUUGCUGAAAAGUGGUAGAAUUCAAUUACAAAAUGGUGUACUUGAGAUCAGUCCUUGUGUUCCCUGUGACAUUCCAACGUCAUGGGAAAAGGUAGACCUACAGGAAGGAGAGGAGGAUGAGGAUGAGGAGGAGACUGAACAGCUAGGGAUGAUCAAGGUUACACAGGUAUCUCCCAAGACCACAGAGGACACCCUAACCCUCUUUUUUGAGAGCAGAAAAAGGACCGGAGGAGGGGAUAUCAAGGAAAUGGACUUCAGGAAAGAGUCUGCUACAGCUAUUAUAACAUUCAAAGACCCUGCAGUGGUUAAACGUGUCCUACAGAAGCUACCAUUUCUGUUAGAUAAAAAGCAGAUCAAAGUGGAGCUAUUUGUCCCAGAGAGUUGCAAUUCAGGAGCUAUGGGUAAAGACAGCAGUGAGGAAGAAACCAGUGAUAAAGAAGAAACUAAACCGUCCUGUACCAUAGAGGUGCGGGGCAUGAAGGAAACCACCAGCAUAGACACAAUUGAACUUUAUUUUGAAAGCAAGAAGGCCGCAGGAAAACCUUUUGAUAUUGUGAAGCUCGAUGAUUCAGAAAGGGAAGAGGGUGUCAUCUACAUUACAUAUGAAACUGAAGACGUGGUGAGAGCUGUGGUGGAAAGAGAACACAAACUGGAGGGGGUCAAAUUGGAAGUGAAACAGUACAUCCCACCGCCACCACCAAAACCACGCCCUCUGUAUCCUGAUAAGGUGCUCAUAAAGGGAAAGAAUCCAGACACAACACAAGAUGGACUAGAAAAUUUCCUGGAGUUAAAGGCUAAUGUGACGCCAACACAUUAUUUACCUGGAGAAGAGGAGGACACUGUACUUGUGACAUUUGAAAAACCACCAGAUUUUGAAAAACUGGAACUUGCUUGUAAGAAGAAAGCAUUGGAUAAGCAUUUCCUGAAGGUGUUCCGAGUGCCGGUAUCUAAUUGUAUCCUUGUAAAAGGGGCUGGAGAUAAAACAAGCCUCAUGAGUACACUACUGGAGUUAUACUUUGAAAACACCCGUAGGAGUGGAGGGAGUGACGUGACAGAGGUCAAGGACCAGGGGGAUGGGUCCUACCUUGUCUACUUUAAAGAUCACACAGUGAUUGACGGUGUCUGUGGGCGCUCCCAUACUGUGGAUAACCAUACCCUUGAUGUGAAACUUUACCAUGAGCUGAUAAGGGACUCUGGAGAAGAUGGACCAAAAUUUAAGGUUCCAGAUGUCUUGGUUAUCACUGAUCUAGAUCCAAGGAAGAUCCAAUUUGUUCAGUAUUCUCAACCAAACAAAGAUGGUAUAGAAAAACAGUUAACUGCACAACAUACAAAAAUUAUUUGGCCAGAAAAGCUUGCCGAUCCAGUUAAACUUGUAUGUCUGUUGACCAAAGAUGUAAAAGAUUGUCGGAAUUUGGCCAAAGCAUGGACGCAGACAGCACGGAAAAGUCUGGACAUGUUUCUGGAUGUCCUACUUGUCUUCAAACAUCAGAUUCUCCAGGACGCUUGGGAUGGUGUAAUGGCACAGCUUAAGAAUAUGAACAUAUCUCACCCUGAUGAUGUUGUAGUAGCCUUGGAAACAGUCCGUUUUGAAAUUUUCGUCAUGGGGCACAAGAAGUUUGCAACAGAACUUUCUCAAAGUUUGGAAAAAAUCAUUGGAGAGAUUGCUGAUGAGUUAGAUAGAAAGAAGAAACAAGUUAAAGAAACAACUUCACUAAUGAAACAUCACCAAUGCAAGUUGUCAUGUUGAGCCUUACACGUUUCACUGACACAAUGGAGAAGAAAUAUCCCGGGAUGAAAGUCACAUUAGAUUUUAAGGCCAGAACAGUAACAUAUGAAGGGUUGUAUGGAGAGGUGACCAGUGCAAAGUUGGAAAUGUAUGAAAUGAUCAAUGCUAUGGUGUCCAGUGAUGUGGGUGAUUUCAACAAGGGCAGGUAUGCUUACCUCCAAGACAUGGCGGUGAAACAGUAUGUUGCAGGAAAGAUGAAAGAGGACAAAA